UCUUUUCAAGACCUUCUCUUAUGUGUCGCAUAAGUAGCGCGCACUAGACCUGGUAAAUGAUGGCGUUGGCUUUCUUUUAUUAGAUGUUAUUUUUUAUUGACUGAAACUGAUUUCUUUCUGUAGUUCCUUAUGAGGACUGCCGUGGGAAGACGGAACCUGGAAAGCAUUACCCAGAUCAGCCUUAAAGCUAUAUGCUGCACUGCGAGCCAUGACUUUAAGCUCUGAGAUGUCAGAUGCCUCAAAUCUCACAGAAGAGACUGACAUCGAUGUGGUUGGGGAAGGAGAAGAAAGCGAAGACGAUAGCAUUCACCAGCACUCUUAUGGCAAGGUGGCACAAAUCAGAGAUGACAUAUUGGUGCCCAACUUUUCAUGCGUGGACAGCUCGUCAUCAGGGGAAUCUUACAAGCCAGCCAGCAAAAAUGCACUAGUGAAACCUCCUUACUCUUACAUUGCGUUAAUCACAAUGGCCAUCCUUCAGAGCCCCAAGAAAAGACUUACACUGAGCGAGAUAUGCGAAUUUAUCAGCAACAGAUUUCCUUACUACAGAGAAAAGUUCCCUGCCUGGCAGAAUUCCAUCCGACACAACCUGUCCCUAAACGACUGCUUUGUGAAAAUACCAAGAGAGCCCGGAAAUCCAGGCAAAGGGAACUAUUGGACUCUUGACCCCGAAUCGGCCGAUAUGUUUGACAAUGGCAGCUUUCUAAGGCGGAGAAAACGCUUCAAGAGACACCCUUCUCCGGAUCUGUUGAGGGAGCAUGGCGGCUUCAUUCCCGCCUACGGCUACGGACCUUAUGGUUGCAGUUAUGGGAUCCAGCUACAGCCUUACCCUUCUCAUUUAUUUGCCUUCCAGACUCCGCCAUCUAGACAAUCCCAUGAUGGAGCCAUCCUUCCAGCAGCCCCUACCCUAGUGUCCGGCCCGGCGGCUGAUCUUGCAAGGACAACCUUUUACUCCCACCCACAACUGCGUCCCACACUGACCUCCCUGCAGACUGGCAAAGCGAACUCUUCUUUAUCUAGGGCCCCCUUUUCCAUCGACAAUAUCAUAGGCAGUAGCCUCAGUACUGCUGGCUACGCACAACAGCCCCCAUUAAUGCCAUCCGUUUUACCUAUAGCUUUGCUACCUUCAAGCACGCCUGCAGUUGCCUUGUCCGCCAUUCACCAGGGGCAAGGACUACCACCCUGUACUGAAAACUUCACUAACAGGAUUUCUAAUGUUAAUGGAUAUUAAUUUAAAACAAGCAAAAGCAAUAGUAACGCCUCUCAGAAGGUAGGAGUCUGUUUUUAUAUGUUGUUGUUUCUUACAUCAGUUGGCUUCUGGACAUUUAGACGUGUCACUGUUGUUCACACAUAUUUAUGCAGUGAACUUUACGAGCGGCAAAGGCCAACCGUCGGCAAUAUUUUAUUAAAGACAAAAACAGCUCAAGUAUUAAAAGGGUUGUUACUUCUCUACACGGUAAAGUGUGAAGAAGACGCUCAGGUCUGAUGAAUCUAUCAGAGAAUGUUCAAAGACUAUUUCAGGGACAACAGAAAAAAGCAAUAUAUUGUAUAUUUAACACCAGUUUCUCAAGUAUACACCUUUUCAUGAUUCAAGUUUACAUGGAAUGAACUUAGCCUUGAAAAAAUCGUUUAUUUUAACCUGUGUUUUGUAUUAUGACUAUUGACACACGUUUUAUUUUAAUUUGUAUUUCUGUGUACUUCUCAAGAAAAUCUGUUAAGUUUUGCAAAGUAUUAUUGUACUUUUUAAUGUAAGAUUUUACACAUUUUCAGAAACAGUUAUAAUAAAAGUAAAG